UUGUACGCAACUGUAUCUUUAAUCAGUUACGUUAAUGAUAGUUCAGAUGAACAAACGAAAGAAGACAGUAACGGCGCGGGUGAUGAAAAUGAAGAGGACUGGCAGCGGCAUCAAAAAAAUGCGAGUAAAAAAGCAAAGCAAUUUAAUUUCGAAGAAAUGUUGCAACAGACAAGACAACACGCAGUGGGAUCAAGAAUCGGCGCUUAUGAAUCCACCAGUUCAGACGACAUUCACUCCAGCGACAUCCACAAGCACCAAAAAGCUUGUCAGGCGGAGGAACAAGCUAGCGAACAAUUCAAAGAAUUACAUGUCAGAGAUACUAAACGAUUAUCUGGCGAUGAUGGUAGCGACGAAACUGAGCCUGCAUCAUCCUCAACACAAUUGAAGCAAUCAUCUGCGAAUGGUGCCAAAGAGGAUGAUUCAGAUGAUGAGUUUACCGUACCGCUGCCGGAAGGUUUCAACCGGAUCGAAAGCCCGGUGCCCAAGGCAGUUGAGAGCAGCGAGAAGCCAAUUGAAGUGCCCAAUGAUGACGAUGAGUAUGUAGACUUCAGCGAAGGGGUGCCUAUAGUGGAGCUGAUUCCAGCCGCUUGUGAAGCUCAGCUGAAACAUGGAGCAAAACCGAUAUCAGCAUUAGCGUUUGAUCAUCAAGGUACACGUUUCGUCACCGGUGGUUAUGAUUAUGUGGUGAACAUUUUCGAAUUCCAAAAAAUGGAUCUCUCUCUGAAACCGUCAAGGGAACUGACACCAUGUGAAUGUCACAUAAUCAACGACCUUGCGUUCAGUGCUAAUGGUGAGCAUUUAUUAGUGGCCAGUGGUCAUGCACAACUUAGGGUUUUGGAUCGACAGGGCAAGCAGUGGGCUGAGACUAUCCGAGGUGAUCAAUAUUUGGUCGAUCUGUCGAAUACGAAAGGACAUACUGGCUCGGUGAACGCGUGUUGCUGGCAUCCAUUGAUCAAAAACGAAUUUUUGACCUGUGCUGAUGACGGGACAUUACGCAUUUGGUCGUUGGACGAUUUCAAGGAAAUUACUCGAUGUAUCAAUAAGCAGCAGAAAGUGAUCAAAACGAAGAACGCGGGUGGCAAAAGGACAAUCCCAAUGACGUGUACGUAUUCGAGAGAUGGUAAACUAGUGGCAGCUGGCUGUCAGGACGGCUCAAUUCAGAUCUGGAAACAUGGACAUCUUUAUGUAUCUGGAAAAAGAUCUGAGGCAGGCUAUCAUCAUGUCAUGAUUAGUAAAUAUGACCUGGCACAAGCAACUUAUCAAAAAUAUUCGAUCGAAUUUCAGGUGAACACAACCUAUAUGAAUAGGAAGGCUCACACUCGUGCUGUAACAUCCAUCCAGUUUUCACCCAAUGGACAGCAACUACUUUCGAGAUCGCGUAAGCCACACCGUUAUGAAAAUCGUUUUCUUAUAAAAUUUUCAGUGGAUGGAACGCUGAAGCUAUGGGAACUGAAAUCAUUCAAACAGCCAAUUCUUGUGAAGGAGAAUCUCGAAUGCGAUUAUCCGAAUACGGAGUGUGGUUUCUCACCACACGGUGAAGUCGUCUACACGUGCACAUCAACGAAUCCAGAGGAGAAAAUCGAUGGAUCAGUGAUGUUUUUUGACGCGAGCAAUUUCGAAUUAGUCUAUCGCAUCAAAUUCCCGAAAAUUAGUUGCAUUCGUAUGGUAUGGCAUGCAAAAAUCAAUCAGAUGCUAGUAGCAUUGAGUGACGGUACAGUACGGCUUUACUACGAUCCAGCAAACAGUGUUCGCGGUGCGUUGGAGUGUGUCAAACGUCCGAUGCGGCGGCAGAGACAACAGGAAGUUGUGCGCGAGGAGAUGCUUCUGUCACCGUUAACACUGGAGAUGUUCCAACCACGUGGUGAGGAAGGCGAAGAAAAAGAAGUAACUGCAUGGCGAUUGAGGAAAUAUCUCCGAAUGCAAGACAACAAACUAAGACCGGAAUUCCGUAAACCAGCCGAUAUGCCAAUGAGUGGUCCAAGUUGUGGUGGACGGGUGGCGGCAUCUGGUGGUACGUUGCAUUCAUAUAUUGCGAAACAGGUUGGUACGAAGCGAAAUCGUGACUUCCUCAAAGAUACGGAUGUACGCGCAGCUAUUCUACGACAUGCAGAAGAGGCUGAGAAGCAUCCGUACUACGUUACGAAGGCGUACCUGAAAAACCAGCCAGUUGCAAUAUUCCAAGAGAAAACGACAGCACCUGAAGAAGAAGAACCGGACAAUGAGUUGCAACCGCUUUACAAAAUACCCAAAAACUUGUGA